GGGAUGGGGAGGGUUCGUUACAAGGUAGUAGUGCUCUUUAAUUAAUUUAUUGUCGUGAAGAAGAAGAUGAUCACCUGGGAUCAGCUCUCAAUGUAUGUCGCAACAGGAAGUUGUUGGCAUUCGAAUCAGACAACAACAACAACAUUAGCAGAACAGCAGAGUUCUCAGUCGAAGUCCAUCCGACAAAUAUUAUCGAUGGAUAACACCGGAUAUUGCAACGAUAGCUUCAAUAGCAUACGAAGUAGCACAAGUGACGAGGACAUGGUGGAGAUAGCAGGGUCGACAUUAGACUUCUCUAACACGGAGGAUGUACCACCCUUGGACCGAGACUAUGGUUCUGGGGAUAACCCAGGUAUGGAGGAGGUGAACGGGGUUCCUAAACUGAUGGACCUGCUUGAUGAGCCUGUGCCUGGGGUGGGCACCUAUGAGGACUUUAACACCAUAGACUGGGUGCGGGAGAAGUCCAAAGACCGUGACCGGCACAGAGAGAUUACCAGUAAAAGCAAAGAGUCUACAUGGGCACUGGUGAACAGUGUCUGUGAUGCUUUCUCUGGAUGGCUGCUCAUGCUGCUGAUUGGACUCAUGUCAGGCGCGUUGGCAGGUGGGAUUGACAUAUCGGCCCACUGGAUGACAGACCUGAAGGAAGGGGUUUGUCUGAACGGGUUCUGGUUCAACCAUGAGCACUGCUGUUGGACCUCCAACGAGACCACCUUCCAAGAGAGGGACAAGUGUCCACAGUGGAAAAGCUGGGCUGAGCUCAUCAUCGGCACAACAGAGGGUCCCUUUGCGUACAUUAUGAACUACCUAAUGUAUGUGUGCUGGGCUCUGCUAUUCUCCUUCCUGGCCGUGACACUGGUCAGGGCCUUCGCCCCCUAUGCCUGUGGUUCUGGAAUCCCAGAGAUCAAAACCAUAUUGAGUGGUUUCAUCAUCCGAGGGUACCUGGGGAAGUGGACCCUGGUGAUUAAGACCAUCACCCUGGUCCUGGCUGUGUCGUCGGGGCUCAGCCUGGGGAAGGAGGGGCCCCUGGUCCACGUGGCCUGCUGCUGUGGCAACAUCCUCUGCCACCUCUUCACCAAGUACCGCAAGAAUGAGGCCAAGCGCAGAGAGGUUCUGUCUGCCGCUGCAGCAGUUGGUGUGUCUGUGGCUUUUGGGGCCCCCAUAGGAGGAGUGCUCUUCAGUCUGGAGGAGGUGAGCUACUACUUCCCUCUGAAGACCCUGUGGCGGUCGUUCUUCGCAGCCCUGGUGGCAGCCUUCACCUUGCGCUCCAUCAACCCGUUUGGCAACAGCCGCCUGGUGCUGUUCUACGUGGAGUUCCACACCCCCUGGCACCUCCUGGAGCUCGUACCCUUCAUCCUCCUGGGCAUCUUCGGGGGCAUCUGGGGCGCCUUCUUCAUCCGCGCCAACAUCGCGUGGUGCCGGAGGCGUAAGACCACGUGGCUGGGCCACUACCCGGUCCUGGAGGUGCUGGUUGUCACCGCGGUGACGGCGGUGGUGGCUUUCCCUAACAGCUACACCCGCACUAGCACCAGUGAGCUCAUCUCUGAGCUCUUCAACGACUGUGGCCUGCUGGACUCCUCCAAGCUAUGUAACUAUGACAAUGCCAACGUCACCAAGAGCAGCAACGAGCUGCCGGACCGCCCAGCCGGAAAUGACGUUUACACGGCCAUGUGGCAGCUGUCCCUGGCCCUUGUCUUUAAGAUGCUAAUCACCGUGGUUACCUUCGGCAUGAAGGUUCCCUCUGGUCUGUUCAUACCCAGCAUGGCGGUAGGGGCGAUCGCAGGCAGGCUGCUGGGAAUAGGCAUGGAGCAGCUGGCCUACUACCACCAUGACUGGGUGAUCUUCAGGGGCUGGUGUUCUCCUGGUGCUGACUGCAUCACCCCAGGCCUCUACGCCAUGGUUGGGGCUGCUGCCUGCUUAGGUGGGGUGACCCGUAUGACUGUGUCCCUGGUGGUCAUCAUGUUCGAGCUGACCGGAGGGCUGGAGUACAUCGUGCCCCUGAUGGCUGCGGCCAUGACCAGUAAGUGGGUGGCGGACGCCAUCGGGCGCGAGGGGAUCUACGAGGCUCACAUCCGCCUCAACGGUUACCCCUUCCUGGAGGCCAAGGAGGAGUUCAGUCAUAAGACCCUGGCCAUGGACGUGAUGCGGCCGCGUCGCAGUGACCCGCCGCUCUCCGUACUGACCCAGGACGGCAUGACGGUAGAGGACGUGGAGACCAUGAUCACUGACACCACCUACAGCGGCUUCCCCGUGGUGGUCUCCCAUGAGUCCCAACGCCUAGUGGGAUUCGUGCUGCGAAGGGACCUCACCAUCUCCAUAGAUAAUGCCAGACAGCGUCAGGAUGGGAUAGUGAGCACAUCGAGGGUCUUCUUUACAGAGUACACACCCCCUCAGCCCCCCAACAGCCCCCCUCCUCUGAAGCUCAGAGGCAUCAUGGACCUUAGUCCCUUCACCGUCACAGACCACACCGCCAUGGACAUUGUGGUGGACAUCUUCAGGAAGCUGGGCCUGCGCCAGUGCCUCAUCACACACAAUGGCCGCUUGCUGGGUAUUAUCACAAAGAAGGACAUUCUGAAGCACGUGGCUCAGAUAGCCAACCGGGACCCAGACUCGAUCCUCUUCAACUGAUGGUGUAGUACCAGCUGCAGCACCGUGGGCCAGACAUCACUGUGGAACCACUGCUUUCGCCCAGGCCUCUCUACACUGCACUAUGUUCAUGUCUAGUGGACUCCUCCCUGCUAUGACAACUGGCCACUCCAUUAGAACUCUAGUGGACUCCUCCCUGCUAUGACAACUGGCCACUCCAUUAGAACUCUAGUGGACUCCUCCCUGCUAUGACAACUGGCCACUCCAUUAGAACUAUAGUGGAUUCAUCCCUGCUAUGACAACUGGCCACUCCAUUAGAACUCUAGUGGAUUCCUCCCUGCUGUGACAACUGGCCACUCCAUUAGAACUCUAGUGGACUCCUCCCUGCUAUGACAACUGGCCACUCCAUUAGAACUCUAGUGGAUUCCUCCCUGCUAUGACAACUGGCCACUCCAUUAGAACUCUAGUGGAUUCCUCCCUGCUAUGACAGCUGGCCACUCCAUUAGAACUCUAGUGGAUUCCUCCCUGCUGUGACAACUGGCCACUCCAUUACAACUGGAGAGGUAGAGGAUUCGUUGUUCUUCAACACCAAGCUGGCUUUCCAGGAUUGGCCCAAAAGAUGAGUUGGAUUUAGAAAAGAUGUAUGACUUCUUAAAUGAGCGUCAGUAACUGGGAGAAUAUUUUUUCUUGGCUCUGUUGGCAGGAGUGGUCUUCCUUUUCAGUUGACAGAUGAGAGCAGGCAUGCUGGGUAGGGCAUGUGUCUCUGGAGAGACCAAGGAUUGUAAAUGAGCAGAGACCAAGUCUGGAGUCUGAGAUAUAAACCACACCACUGCCAAGACAUACUCUACAUAGACAUCUUAACCCAUACAAUCACUAAGCUAGGAGUGAAAAUUAUCAUCUUCUACCUAUCAAAGUAUCAUGAAGAUAUGCACCAUUUAAAUUGUGAUGUCUGCCUGAAAUAUUUGUCAUGAUUGAGCACUUGCAUAUGGCUGUCAAGACUAAAUGUAUUUUCUCUGGUGUUUCUUUCCUUGGAAAUGUCAUAUUCCUCAUUGUUUUUUCAUGUAAUUGGUUGUGGUUUAACACAGACCUGGAGAUGAUGUCCUCUUCGUACAGGGACACUGUAAGGCAGCAUGGAUUUCUUAUUCACCAGGAUAAAAUAAGCUCCGUAAAUAACCCUCUGAAACCUGCAUGCUCUGGUUCUCUUUGACCACAGGGAGGCGCUACUGUGCACCACCCAGCUGUGGUUACAGUCACAUUACUAUACUUUUUUUCCAGGUCAUCAGUAACAAACACUCAAAAGAUGAAUUGUAUUACUCAUUUAGAAUAUGCAUCUCUAUAUAUUUCUGGUUUGUAUGACCUUUUCCUUGAAUAUUACGUAUUGUAUAGGUUUAUGGAUCACUUUAUCCAGCACACUCUAGAAUCCUCAGUGAUGAACAGCCUAACAGGCAGUCUGAAUAUGAGGUCAAAGAGAAGAGUAGUGUUGGAUGAGGUGAUGGGAUGAUUAAGGGAGAGGACUCCAGUGUGUCACAUCUCUUUUCAUCCUCCAGCUAUUAUCUCUCCUCUCGCAAUGUCUAUGGAUCUGCAUGGCCAGGGCAGGGGAUCUAGAGACAGGACUGGCUUGUCAACAGUCUAGUAAAGAACUCUGGAUCUCUUCUCCCUUUUACCUCAUGCUCUUGCUGUCUCACGAGACCCUCAUGCUCUUACCCUCCCUACAACAUCAAAGUCCACACUAAGAAUGAGCAAUUGAAAUGUAGCAUAUACAUGAACAAAGACAAGGAACCUCAAAUCUCACUUUUAUCUAGAGCAGAUACCCUUGGAGGUUGAUGGUGGACAUUCUUAAACUAGAUUCAUGUAUUCCUGUCAACCAUGUCUUAUCCUUUAAGGACAAGUGUGACUUCAACCAAGUUCAACCAUUUUUUUUGUGUUGUAUACCGUACCGUAGUUAAUUACAUCAGUAAAAGGUUUGACUUUGGGGUCUCAAAGGUUAUCUCUUAUCACUUAAAAAAGCACUUCAUUUCAAAAUAACAUGCUUAUCAGUUGUUUUUGGAGAUGCAGCUACAGUAAUCGUAUUUAACAUCAUCAAACCAUGUCUAUUUUUAUUUCUGCAAACUGCAAUGGGUUUGUAUCACUACCGUCUUACGUAAACAUGCAACUGAGAUUCAUAAACAUUGAAAUAUCAAUUUAUUCCCUGUCAUUUCAUAUUUGCCUUGAAUUAAAACAACAUUGACUUUCA